AACCGGAACUUUAUGAUUUAUGUGCACGUGAUGUUUAUAACCAAAGCGCAAACAAGUGAUUUUAGCAUUUAGAAUUAAUUAAGGAUUGGUGGAGAAGGUAUAUUACUUGAAGAAUUUUAAUUUGCACUAUUAUAUUGAAAUAUGUCUUGCAGAGUUGGUGGAACUAGUGAAGUUAAGGAAGUUGAUGAUGUCGUUCGUGAAGUUUGCAAUAAGGUCAGAGAGAUGGUAGAAAAACAAGCAGGGAAAUCCUUUGCCGAAUUUACACCAGUUGGCUACAAAAGUCAGAUUGUGAAUGGAGUGAACUAUUUUAUCAAGGUGAAGGUUUCAGAAGCUGACCAUUUGCAUGUCAGAGCUCACAAGUCCUUUCAAGGAGAAGUAACUCUUGCAGGCUAUCAAGAAGGAAAAGCUCAUGAUGAUGAAAUUGAAUAUUUCUGAAGAAGCUUGAAUUGUGAUAUUACAAAAUUUUCAUGUGGUCUAUAGCCAGAUGAUAUUCUUGUAUUAUUAUAAUUUUAAUAACUGAAGCACUUUAUCACUCAGAUUAGAAAUAAUGAAUUAUUCUCUAUUUUACUGCAUAUAAUAUGCUAAUAAUUGAAGUAUUACAAAACUGAAAUCGUUAAAGCAACAAUUUAAAUAUAGUUAAUACAUUACUAAUAUUUUGAUAACUUGUAUCACAUUAAGAUGAUUAUUAUUAAACAAAUUUCACUUCUUAUCACUAGUUAUAUUUUAUUAACUGAAGCACUUGCAUGACUUGGAUAGUUAAAGCAACUGUUGAACUAUAUUUAGUGUUACUCGUUGUCAUAUUAUAACUUAAGCAAUUUCUCACAAACAUUGUGGCUGAUGAAUCAUGUAUAGUUUGAUUAUAUUUUUAUUACUAAAACUCCUAUACACGAGGAUUUGUAACAUUCAAGUUUACCUGUAUCUAAUAUAUGUAUCUAAAGAAUAACAUUGGAACAUUUAUAGAUCAUUGUUAAUUAAUAUAAUGGAUGGGACUUGACAACCUUUCUCUCUCUCUCUCUUCAUAUAUA